AUGGCCGCUGUCCAGGGAGCUAUUUCGAAGCGCCGCAAGUUCGUCGCCGACGGUGUCUUCUAUGCCGAGUUGAACGAGUUCUUCCAGCGCGAGCUGGCUGAGGAGGGCUACUCUGGUGUUGAAGUCCGUGUCACUCCCACUGUCACCGACAUCAUCAUCCGUGCCACCCACACUCAGGAGGUUCUCGGUGAGCAGGGUCGCCGCAUCCGCGAGCUCACCUCCCUCAUCCAGAAGCGCUUCAAGUUCCCCGAGAACUCCGUCUCCCUCUAUGCCGCCAAGGUCCAGAACCGCGGUCUGUCCGCCGUCGCUCAGUGCGAGUCCCUCCGCUACAAGCUCCUCAACGGUCUGGCCGUCCGCAGAGCCUGCUACGGUGUCUUGAGAUUCAUCAUGGAGAGCGGUGCCAAGGGUUGUGAGGUUGUCGUUUCCGGAAAGCUGCGUGCUGCCCGUGCCAAGUCCAUGAAGUUCACGGACGGUUUCAUGAUCCACUCCGGUCAGCCCGCCAAGGAGUUCAUUGACAGCGCCACCCGUCACGUCCUUCUCCGCCAGGGUGUUCUUGGUAUCAAGGUCAAGAUCAUGCGCGGCUCCGACCCCGAGGGCAAGGCCGGUCCUCAGAAGACCCUCCCUGACUCCGUCACCAUCAUCGAGCCCAAGGAGGAGCAGCCCGUCCUGCAGCCCAUGAGCCAGGACUACGGUGCCAAGGCUCUCGCCGCUCAGCAGCUCGCCGAGCAGCAGCGACUCGCUGAGCAGCAGGCCGCUGAAGGCCAGGAGGGUGCCGGUGCGGAGGCUUACGCCCAGGAGUAA